AGAAAAACAACAUGGCGAGUAAUGCAUCUUGAAAAGCGAGUGUUUGCACGUACUAAAAACCUUUUAAUUAGUCACUUAAAUGGAGUUGUUGGCGGUUAAUAUUAUGUAUGGGAACAUUAAUUGUGUAGAUUAACAGCAUGCACACAAUGGAGUACUUUGAGUCGUCUCCAGAGUCUGCAGCCUCUGUGGACAGUCGCAGCAGCAGUAGUGUCAGCGGCAGUAGUCACGGCAGUGCCAGCGAGGAGAGCGUCACACAGCUGCUGGAUGACACUUCAGCUGACUUGAUGAGGAAUGGCGGAGAAACUCAGAGUCUUGCAUCUGAUGUGAUGUAUGAGAUUUUAGAUGAGAUCUCUCUCGGACUCUGCUUUGAGAUGCACAGGGCUUGCAAGAUUGGAACCUUCUUACUGGAUGCCACUGAUGAAGAGAGUCAGAAAGCGUAUGAUAUUGUAGAUGAGAGAGGGCUGGAUGUGUUUGGUCAAGUGCCUUCAAAGAAACAGUUUGAGUGCGUAUGUCCAAAUUGCACUAGGAAUAUGGCUGCUUCUAGGUUUGCCCCGCAUUUAGAGAAAUGUAUGGGUAUGGGGAGAAAUAGUUCCAGGAUUGCUAGUAGACGGAUCGCCAACACAGGCAAAGGUUGUGAUGAUGAUGGGGAGGAUGAUAUCUUAGAUGAUGACAACGACAAUGAUUGGAGUUACCAGACAGACAGAAAAAUAAAGAAGCUAAGGAAAGAAAAAAGAGGGGAUUCCCCAAGAAGAAGCAGAAUACACAAGUAUAAAAAUGGUGAUAUUCCUAGUGUUGGCAGUGCAGUGUCAGAAAGUUCAGGACUUACCCCUGCAUAUGAAGUGAUGACCCUGGAGGAAAGAAAGCAGCUGCUACUUUCAACUUGUGGUGUGAUCUCAGAACACACAAGAAAAAUGUGUACUAAAUCCUUACGAUGUCCUCAGCACACAGAUGAACAAAGACAAAUGGUCAGAAGCCAGCUUCUAGGACAUACGUAUGUAGAAAAUUCUCAGUAA